AUAUUUUUACUUUGUUUAGUUUUAAAUAUUUUGGAAGUAUAUUUUAAGAUAAUCGAAUAUGAGUGCUUGGGAAGAAAAUGAUGAAAUUAAAUUUUUUCGAGAGUAUCUUCGAAUACCUAGUGUUGGUCCUAAUAUAGAUUAUGAACCAUGUGUUGCCUUUAUCAUCAAACAGGUCGAAAGCCUAGGACUACCUUACCAGAUCCUUAGACCCGGAGGUGUGGAUCAACCUAUCGUAGUUGUAACAUGGCUUGGAACCAAUCCUGAAUUACCAUCCAUAAUGUUGAACUCUCAUAUGGAUGUAGUGGCAGCGUUUCCAGAAAAUUGGUCUCAUCCGCCAUUUGCAGCUGAUAUCGACUCAGAAGGUAGAAUUUUCGCACGGGGAGCUCAAGACAUGAAGUCCAUUGGAAUGCAAUAUUUAGCUGCUAUUCGUGCUUUAAAGAAUGCUGGUGUUGCGGCCUUGAAACGGACGAUUCAUGUUACCUUUGUUCCAGAUGAAGAAUCAGGCGGUAAGCUUGGAAUGGAUAAGUUUGUCCAAACAAAUGAUUUUAAGAAACUGAACAUUGGUUUUACCUUAGACGAAGGUAGAGCUUCACCAGAUGAAGCUUUUAUUGUAAACUAUUCUGAGCGCAGUAUGUGGCGUCUUCAUUUGAAAAUUUCUGGUCCAACUGGUCAUGGUUCUUUGUUGCAUUCAAAUACUGCUGGAGAAAAACUCAAUUAUCUUCUUGAGAAAUUAAUGAACUUAAGACAGCAACAAGUUGAUCGUUUGAAAAAUGACAAAAAUCUAACUACCGGAGAAGUUUUGACUAUAAAUUUGACUAAAGUUAAUGGUGGAGUACAAACUAAUAUUGUGCCAGCAUCAAUAGUUGCCGUUUUCGAUAUUCGUAUUCCACAUGACAUGGAUCAUGAGGAACUUGACAAAAAGAUUAAAACUUGGUGCACUGAAGCUGGUGGUGACGUAGAAGUCUUUUAUGAACUUAAGGAACCUAGAAUAGAACCAACAAAACUUGAUGAAAGUAACAUUUUUUGGACUGCCUUUAAAAGCGCCUUUGAUGAGCUUGGUCUCAAGAUGAAAUUAUUGAUAACUCCUGGAGGCACUGAUAGUCGUUAUCUGAGACAGCUUGGAAUACCCGCUCUAGGAUUUGGCCCAAUGAAUCUUACACCAACUCUUCUUCAUGCUAACGAUGAAUUUUUAAAAGCUGAAACAUAUUUGAAGGGAAUUGACAUUUAUAAGACAAUCAUUCCAAAAUUAGCAAACGCAUAA